GUUAAAAAGAGGUGUCAUUCUGGGAGGGAAUGCUGUAUUAUAAACAGAAAAGGAAUGAUUGGCAAGGCUGUGAUAAUUUGUUUGGUUGUGGUGUGUGCGGUCUCGGCUUUUGAUCCUAGUUACACAUACUAUAAUCAGUUUACUGGACCCAGAGGUGAGAUGAACUCAGUACAGUCAAAGCUGAAUACAUUAGAGUCAAAGUUAAAUAUGAUGGAGAACCGACAACAAGCAAUGACCAACGCCAUCAAUCGGGAAAUCAGCAAACUUGAAAUGGACACAAGGAGCAUUAAGACUGUUAUUAAUACAUUGGCAGAAGACAACUACAAAACACAUAGUCAGAUCGAUGUACUGAAGGGUCACAGUGAGUUUAUGGUUAAUAUUGGAAGAAAGGUAAUGGCGCUAGAACAGAAUUUAAUGAAGCUGAAUCAGACGAUAAAUGGCGAACCAAUGAAAUGAAUUUGUGUUCACAGACUGUUUACACUUUUAGUUGUACAUGUGCUACAUAUAAAUACUACAAUAUAUCACAGAGCAUA